GUAGAGAUGUUUCGAGCCAGCAGGAACAACGCUGGGAUGUAACUGUCAUGGAGCAUUCUAUGCAACGAUUUACCCACGGUUUUUCGUAAAUUAGCACGGCUUCUGAUUGUCUGUAUCCAGUAAAAAAAGAAAAUCGGAACUUUUCAACGCAACGACAAAAGUGCCUGUGCAAACCAAUUCCUUACUUGUAUCGGAACCGUUCUAGAGCCCCAGGCAUCAUAUAUCGGACUUUCAGAGACUCCCUUCGCCAGCACGCCUUCCAUACGCUAACAAUCUUGGCCAGUUGCACCACCAGUUUGAGAAGUACCGAGCACUAAUUCGUCACUUCCAACCUACCAUCGGCAAAGUACAUCUAUUCCCAUAUCACCCACCACCCAUACCCGAAGCAUUCACUCGGCCUUAAAUCCAGCCUUGAACUUCUACCAAUUGUACAGCCAUGGAACCACACCAACUUCAAUUCACAAAAGAAGCAGUCGAAAUAGACUACGAGGCACUUCCCGAGGAUGCCUCUCUUGUUGCACACCUCAGUGCUGGUGCUUUUGCGGGUAUCAUGGAACACACCGUGAUGUUUCCUAUCGACUCGUUGAAGACCAGAAUGCAGAUGGCUGAAAGCACGCAGGAAUUGUCAAAGAGUGUCGUAUCGUCUAUUUCCCGAAUCAGCUCCAGCGAAGGUGCUUACGCCCUUUGGAGAGGUGUUUCUUCCGUUGUUUUGGGGGCUGGUCCAGCGCAUGCUGUCUACUUCUCGGUUUUCGAAGCCACCAAGACCAUGUUGGUCAACAAGCUCACCUCUUCCCAAUCAACGAAGAUCGUCACCGACGAGAACCACCCGUUGAUUGCUAGUUGUGCCGGUAUUGCUGCUACCACUGCUUCAGAUGCUCUUAUGACCCCUUUCGAUGUCUUGAAACAGAGAAUGCAGGCUAGUCCGACCGAAGGGCCAACCAGAGCACUCAACCAAGCUCCAAAGGGUGUUCUCCAGGUUGCAUCGGCCAUCUACAAGGCAGAGGGAAUUUCAGCCUUUUACAUCUCCUACCCAACCACAUUAUUCACUAACAUUCCAUUUGCUGCGUUGAAUUUCGGUUUCUAUGAAUACUUCUCAUCGUUGUUGAACCCAUCAAAUACAUACAAUCCAUACUUGCAUUGUGUUAGUGGAGGUAUAGCUGGUGGAAUAGCGGCUGCUUUGACCACUCCAUUGGAUUGCAUUAAGACCGCAUUACAAACCAGAGGUAUAACCAAGAACGAAAACUUGAGAAACGUCAACGGUUUCGUUAGUGCUGCCAAGGCGUUGUACAGACAAAGUGGUUCAAGUGCCUUCUCCAGGGGUUUGAAGCCUAGAAUUAUUUUCAACGUACCUAGUACUGCCAUUUCCUGGACUGCCUACGAAAUGGCAAAGGAAAUCUUGUUGAGAUAGACAAAAUUUUAAGUCCGUCCCGAAAUGAUAUUUAGGGAGUUCUAUAUAUCUGAAGCGGCAAUGCCAUGGCGUUGGUCUUCCUAGGUGCAUCACGGCUUGAGUCAAUUGGUGGAUGUACUUAAUCCCCUUGAUACUCUUUCAGCUAUUGGCAAUUCUUCUUUUAUG